AUGGAAGAGCCGCCGCUGUACAAGUUCGGGCCGUAUAAGAUCGACGCGAGGGAGGUCUUCCACGCCACGCCCCUCUCCUACGCCAUGGUCAACCUCCGCCCCCUCCUCCCUGACCAGAUGAUAGAUGAGAAAUUCACUCUUCAGACCACCAGUCGCGUGGUGAAACGAUUUGCUGAUCUAAGUUCUGAUGAGACUAGUGAUUUGUGGGUAACUGCAAAAGAAGUUGGUGCAAAGCUCGAGCAGUACCACAAAGCUUCUUCCAUCACAUUCGCGAUUCAGGAUGGUCCUCAGGCUGGCCAAACAGUUGCCCAUGUCCACAUCCACGUCAUCCCCAGGAAGAAAGGAGAUUUCGAGAAAAACGAUGAAAUAUAUGAUGCGAUUGACGUGAAAGUGAAAGAGAAGGAAAUGAAGGAGAAGCUUGACCUAGAUGUCGAAAGAAAAGAUAGAAGCAUGGAAGAAAUGGCUCAUGAGGCCACCGAGUACCUCGCUCUUUUCUCCUAG